ACUGUUUACGCUUACAAUAACAGAAAUCGCAUGACUAAAAGAAAAUUUUGAUAACGAUAUGGCGUUAAGUUUAUCAGUGAUGUAGUAACUUUUGCAUUGACCUCCCUGACCCAAUACUAACACAAUAAUACAGUAGUAUUACUUUAAAGCACAAAUGAACAUGUGGCAUUACGGUACAUGACAGUCUCGUGGAAGCAGGAAUUAAACUGGCAGACUGUAUGGAAAAAUUAUGAAGAUUUUAAAAUUAUACAACAAUCAAACGAGGAAAACCUGUGCUUUAUUAAAAACACAGACUUCUGUGUCUUCAGUUCGCUACAUCAAUACUCUGAAAGAUAAAGUAAUAGCAAUCAGAAGAGAAGAUCAAUCAGUAUGGGAAAGAAGAGCACCUUUAGCACCUGCAAAUGUUCGCAGAUUAAUAAGAGCAGGGGUAAAAGUAAUUGUGCAACCUAGUAACAGAAGAGCUUAUCCUGCACAAUCUUAUCAAGCUGCAGGAGCAUCAUUACAAGAAGACAUUAGUUCUGCUUCUGUUAUUUUUGGGGUGAAACAAGUACCUGUGGAUCAAUUAAUAUCUAACAAAACCUACUGUUUUUUCUCUCAUACCAUAAAGGCACAAGAAAGUAAUAUGCCAUUAUUGGAUGCUAUUCUUGAAAAAAAUAUACGUUUAUUAGAUUAUGAAAAGUUAACAGAUGAUAAAGGACAAAGAGUAGUUGCUUUUGGGAAGUAUGCUGGUGUAGCUGGCAUGGUGAAUAUAUUACAUGGACUUGGAUUAAGAUUACUUGCACUGGGACAUCAUACACCCUUUAUGCACAUUGGGCCAGCACAUAAUUACAGAGAUUCUGCCAUGGCCAGGCAAGCAAUAAGAGAUGCAGGAUAUGAAAUAGCAUUAGGUGCCAUGCCAAAAUCCAUUGGGCCAUUAACCUUUAUUUUUACUGGAAGUGGUAAUGUAAGUCAAGGUGGUCAGGAAGUGUUUCAAGAGCUUCCUCAUGAAUAUGUUCCACCUGAAAUGCUGAGGAAAGUUGCAGAACAUGGUGAUACAACAAAAAUAUAUGGGUGUGAGGUAAGAAGAAGACAUCACCUAGAAAGGAAAGAUGGAGGUGGCUUUGAUCCCAACGAAUACGACAAGCAUCCUGAGAGAUACAUUUCCACCUUUAGCAAAAAAAUUGCACCCUACGCUUCUGUGAUAAUUAACGGAAUAUACUGGGCCGUUGAUUCACCAAAAUUAUUGACUAUACCCGACGCUAAAUAUUUAUUGCGACCAGCUUAUACUCCUUGGCUACCGACCAGUGUCGGUGCCCCCGCUUUACCCCACCGAAUGUUAGGUAUUUGUGAUAUAUCUGCGGAUCCCGGCGGCAGUAUCGAGUUCAUGAACGAGUGCACAACCAUCGAUACGCCAUUUUGUUUAUACGAUGCCGAUCGCAACAAGGACACGAAAUCCUUUAAAGGACCUGGGGUUCUAGUUUGUUCGAUAGAUAAUAUGCCCACACAGCUUCCGAAAGAGGCGACAGACUUCUUUGGAAACCUGCUGUACCCUUAUGCACUUGAUAUUAUUAGAUCAGACGCAAGAGUGCCGCUGGAAGAACAUAAUUUCACUCCAGCAGUGCAUGGUGCAAUAAUCGCGUCUAAUGGACAAUUGACCCCCAAUUUCGAAUACAUUCAAGACUUGAGAUUGAUGAAUCAACGUAGUAAACACAAGGCAGAUAGCACGGAAACACAAAAUAAAAAGGUUCUAGUCCUGGGUGCAGGAUACGUCUCCUCUCCCCUGGUUGAGUACCUGCACAGAGACAGCAAAAUACACGUGGUGGUUGCAUCCCAGUUAAAAGAAGAAGCCGACGUGUUAGCAAAUAAGUAUCCCGGUGUUGAGUCAGUUUUGUUGAACGUGUUAGAACGACCCGAUACUUUGAAGGACAUCGUCGAGACCGCAGAUGUGGUGGUAUCCAUGUUACCCUAUUCUUUGCAUCAUGUUAUUGCAGAUGUAUGCAUAAGGGCCAAAACUCACUUGGUAACUGCUAGUUACAUGAAUGAAGAAGUUAAAGCCUUACAUGAACAGGCUGUAUCAGCAGAAGUAACCAUACUCAACGAGGUAGGAUUGGAUCCUGGCAUCGACCAUUUACUGGCAUUAGAAUGUUUUGACAAUGUGAGGCAGGCUGGUGGCAAAAUUGAGUCAUUCGUGUCCUGGUGUGGUGGUCUGCCAGCUCCAGAAUGCUCCAGCAAUCCUCUGCGAUAUAAGUUCAGCUGGUCACCUCGUGGGGUGCUACUAAACACUUUGGCACCGGCGAAAUUUUAUCGGGAGAAACAGGUUGUUGAAAUCGAGGCAGGAGGAGGUCUCAUGUCAGCUGUUCAGGAUUUGGACUUCCUGCCGGGCUUCGCGUUGGAAGGCUUUCCUAACAGAGACAGCACUAUUUAUAAGGACUUGUAUGGAAUCAGCACUGCUAGUACUAUGUUGAGGGGUACACUGAGAUUCAAAGGUUUUUGUGAUACCAUAAAGGCCUUGCAGUAUCUAGGACUCACUGAUCCUAAUCCACAUCCGUGUUUACAUCCGAAUGGUCCAGAUAUCACGUGGAGGGUACUCAUAUGCAACUUACUCGGCCUAGCGAACGACAACAUUUUUUAUGAAAAUCUGAAAAGGAAAUUGGCAGACAUGUUGAACUCGGAGGAACGAGUACAGGCUAUUGAGGAGUUGGGUCUCCUUCAGGAAGAUUUGGUGCUGAAGUUAAAUACACCCCUCGACACACUCACGCACUAUUUGUCGAAAAAAUUGUGCUACGAGCCCAAUGAACGUGAUAUCGUAAUUUUAAGGCAUGACAUUGGCAUACUGUGGCCGGACAGUAAAAGAGAAGUCAGAGGAAUCAAUUUGGUGGUGUAUGGAGAUGUGAAUGGGUAUUCCGCCAUGGCGCGAACAGUGGGAUACCCAACGGCUAUUGCAGUUAAAAUGAUUCUUGAUGGUGAGAUUCAACAGAGAGGUGUGAUUCUUCCAUUCACUCCAGACAUCUACCGACCUAUGCUUAACCGGCUGAAAGCUGAAGGAAUAGAAUUCUUUGAAACAUCUAAAUGGCUGUAAUCACUUUUAGCAAUUGGUUUAUAAUAUAUUGUACAUAAAAUAAAAUAAAAUACAUUCACUUUUUCAGUA